AUGUCUAUGCGGGGGUCCAUGAGACGCUCGCACCUCCGCCAGGUCAGUGCCGCAAGUCUGGACUCCGUCUCGUCCCGAUCCGUCUCUGUCUCCGUGGACACAGCCAACCUGCACAAUGACGCCCAGCUCAGCGACCACCCAUCCAGCUCAGACGGCAAGACAAUCGGGUUCUCGUCAACGGGCCUAGACCGCCGACAGUGCUCGCUCUGGGUACAUGACGAGACAUUCUCCAAGGAGGAGAUCCUGUUCAACCAGGCUGCGUUCGCGGACACGGGCGUGCGCGAUGGGGAUCUCAUUGAGAUUUUGCCGGCCAGGGCUGUGGGCGAUAGCUCGGGCAGCUCGCAGGCGCAUUCGCUGAAUCUGGCGGUCAAGCCGGAUAUGAGGUCGAGGUCGAUGCGCGACGUGCAUGCGCAUGGCCAUGGCCAUGGACUUGGACACUCGCAUGUUGAGACGGGCUCGGCGAGUCGGUCGCAUGCCAUGUCGAAGUUCAAGACGCCGCUUCAGACGCGGUGCUUGUUUGUUGCGAAGCUGCUGCCGCAGGAGGUUCGGAAUAGGCAUCCGAAGCUUGAGUUGUCUGUUACUAGCAGUGUUGCGAAUAUCUUCGGGUUCAAGAAUAGGAGUACCGUGUAUAUUUCUAUCGUUGACCAGGCGCAGUGUGCGGCGUCUCAUGUGGACAUUUCGUUCCGUGAUCAGUUCCUGGUGCGUUCUGAUAUGUGGAGGCUUGUUAUGUCGGAGUUGGGGGGCAAAAUUGUCUACAAGGGGCAGAAGAUUGUGUUUAUGGGGAGCAUCAAGGCGACUGUCAAGAAUAUUUUUAUCAGGGGGAAGAAGGUUCUUUCGGGCUUCUUUUCGCCGCAGACGAUACCUGUUUUCCGAAGUGAGGCGGCGAAAUAUGUUUUGUUCAUUCAGAUGUCGAGGGAGAUGUGGGAUUUUGACUCGGAAGGGACUGGCGAUAUCCUCUUCAGCAGGGUGAUCAAUGGGUUCUUGCCGGAGUUGUUCAAGCGAUGGGCGAAUGCGGAUGCAAGGCAUUUGGUCACGAUUGUCCUGUUUACUCGGGUGGAGUACGAUGCUUCGAUAACGGGACUCUCGUCGACACUGAACUCGGAGAGCCUAAAGAAUACGUCAGGCCCUAACCAUGUUCCCACUAGGGACUUUUAUCGCGUUGUGGUCAAUGAUAUGGCUAGUGGACACUGGACGACGAUCCUAGAUGAACUGAAGAAGGACUUCAGGACGUUCUUGCGCGAUGUCUCAAUAUUGAAGAUGCCAGAAGAUCCAGUCACAGGCGCUAGUACCACUAUGAACGCGACUAUUGGGGGGCGUCCUAGCACUGCCCUUCGCGGCAAUAUCUUAGAGGCAGUCCAUCUUGCUUCAUCGCACCUUUCGUUCGACCAUAUCGACCGCGACAUGGUUCAUACCGGCACGUCCAUCAUCGUCAUCACGCCGGGCAGCGGUGUUUUCGAGGUUUCAUACGAAUCGUUGGCUUCUACCACGGAAGCGCUCACAAACCGCGGAAUCGCUAUAGAUCUAGUCUGUCUGAGUCCAAUGCCACUUCACUCCGUGCCUUUGUUUAAAUAUCGCGAGCCAAGUCGAGGAGGACGGCCCAGUUCUUCAUACGGGGCCGAUAUUCAAGGCGGAGGUUAUUCACCAGAGAUGCGCCACUCCUUUGCGAGCUUGACCAGCCGCACGCAUUUUUCUCCUAAAUCGACUAUCUCAAGCACACCUCCAACAAGCGCGCAUCGCGGGCCUUGGGCCCGUGCGAAUGACUGGAGUUAUGGUAUACCACAUUGGCUUGAUAUCUCGUACUGGAAUCCCGAGACGUACAGGGAGUCCCGGCGCAUCCUGAAGAAGGACCCGAAUGCCCCUAUUCCGUUUACCGUGAGCAAAAAGUCAAAGCUAUUCACACCGCGGGUGCGCAUGUAUGAGAUACAGAUGGGUGGUGUAAUGGAGAGUGAGCAGUCGAAUAUCUCCAUACCGUAUCUCUCGGAAAGCCAAAGUACUUCCAGGAGGUUGAACUCGGCCCUCGUGCCGUCCAAAGCGUCUUUCCGACGCAACUCGCCUUUCAACCAUCAACUAAGUGACAGUUUACGGCCGGGGUCAUUCUUAGGAAAUAUGGGCAAUCCCAAAGAGGCGAUGCUAUCCAAGUCGCAAACCGCGUCUGCCACUGCAGCUUGGAUGGAUAGAUAUGACGAUAAUGUUUUCCGUCCCUUAUCCAAACGAAAUCAUGGUCGCAGACAAAUUAAGCCGAAACGCCCGAGUGAGCCUGAAGUGCAGGUGUCCGGCACGCAUGACCGGCUUUCCGCAAGGUCGAUAACGCAUCUGAGAGAACAUGAAAACAAUCCAAAUGAAUGGCCGCGCAAGGAGAGGACUCUGAAGGAGACGACCUCAAAGAAUCCCGCUGCCAAAGCGGUCUCGCCUAGAAAGCCUGCUCUGAAAGCGCCCUCCAAGACGAAAAUGCCGCGGAUCUCGAGGACAAUCAGCUUUGCGCUAAGAGGACUAGGGGUUGCUCCACCGAGAGCUCUGGCUAGCACGGAAGUGAACGUAGAGCAUGCUACUGGGGUGCCGACUCCAGCUAUGCAGAGGAGUACAGGGUCACUUCGAGAAUCAAAGAGUAUCGACUCUUUAAGUGCGGCAUCCGAUUCCGCUUCAACAGCGACGGUUAUUGAAGCAUCUCCCGCGCCAAGCACACCACCAAAGCAACCUAAGAGUCCCACAAUCACACCUUCGCGGCCAAUAUCUAUCAGAGUACCGCUGAAGACGUCGGCCGACGACCCAGACCAGCCGGCGCGCUCGGUGACAGAAUCUUUCGAAACGAACGGCGCUGAGCUGCCUCUCGCCGAGAAAGCCGGCCACGAGCAUCCCCGUCGAAAGUCGAUUCCUAGAUUUGAGGUGACUAGCCCUGGGAUGCGAGAAUCGUCUGCCAAGAACUCUCAGAGCAGGCUGCUCGCUCCGUGGGUUCGUUCCGUCAACCCUUGUAACACGCCUCGAGAAGUCUCGCGCGAUACUACCUGGUUUGGCCGCUGGCAGCACGCGUAUCCGAGACCGCCUCAUGUUGCGGUUGUUAAGUGGAAGAGCUUGAAGUCGCCUGCUAUCUUGCCGCUGACCACGGAAGAGUUUCCCACAGCCAGCGAGCUGGCGUCUGAUUAUUUGCAAACGCCAUACCGAGUGUUUCCGAAUGACGAUGCGGAAGGCAUCGAGGCGCCGAAGUCAACCGGUCUUCUGAUGCGGGAAAUGAUCUCAUUGCGUCUUUCCCAUGGGUUCCAGAUUGUCAUUGGAAACAACGUAGUCGAGGCGUCUGGGCGACACACCCUGAAGUCACCUAAUGUAUUUGAUACCGAGACGCUCGAGAUGGACGGUGCGACGGUUUUUCUAUCCAAGGGGCAUUCCAUCCACCGCCUUGUUUGUACUGGUGGAAACGAGAUUGAGGUCACCAGGUUUAUGCAUCGUAGCCUAUCAGACCUGGCUUCGGAAAAGAAGAGUGGACUAGAUACUGUGUAUUCCCCGGCGAUGCGAACCAUCCUGAGUCCCGAAUACGUUGUGAAGCACAUAACCAUGCGUUCAUCCGCAGAAGAGUACAACUGGAAUUACGCUGACAACUAUAUCGCUGGACACCGGGAUUAUCUCUUCAAUCCAGCGCAACAGCUCCAUUUCUGGCGUGUGCGGUUCGUCCUGAUCCCGGUGCGUCUACAUGUCCAAUCCAGACGACAUAUGAAGCCUGUCAAUGAAGACAACGAAGAAGAGAUCCAUUUGCUGGGUAUCAAUCAGCUUACCCUUACCUGGCAACGUCAUAAAUACGUGCCACCUGAGGAGAAGAGGAUCGAGACGUCCAGCAAGUACAGAGACCAGAACCCGCUGAAUAUUCUAUACCAGACCAGGAAUCCGUCGGAGGUGGUUGCCGCAGAGUUGAAUCUCCUUGCAGAUCCGGGGCUCGAAAGCCAUCCAGCACAGCUGCUGCCAGAGUCGGAACUGCUGGAGCGAUCAAGUAUCAGCUUGAAUGCUCUGGCUCAUAUUGUUCAGGGCGAGAAAGGUGUAAGAAUGAUGGACCGCAGAUGGCACUGGAGGCUGCAUUAUAACUGUUUUAUUGGGUCCGAGUUCACCACUUGGCUGUGUCAGAACUUCAGGGAUAUCGAGACCCGUGAAGAAGCCGUCGAGUUUGGGAAUAAGCUGUGGGGGCUUGGUUUGUUCCAGCACGUGGAACAGCGGCAUAAAUUCAGGGACGGCAACUACUUCUACCAGAUCUCGACCGAGUACCGCAAUCCUCGGCCGGAAUCAAGGAAUAGCUGGUUCUCCCAGAUCAGGCCGGAUAAGUCGAUCCCUUCAACGCCUGCAACGACGGACAACUGGAGGGAUUCUCCUAUGAACACGCACUCGCGGUCAGCAAGCGUUGACCAGGCUGCUCCUCAGACUCCAACCACUCCGUCAAGGUCAAAGAGUAAGGCGUCUGUUAUGCUGUCGAAGACGCUGAAGUAUGAUGUCGACCCUCGCAAGCGCUCGAACCGACCGGAGGUGAUAGAUCUUCACUAUGACCGCUUGCAUAACCCUGACAACUGCUUCCAUAUCGAGCUAAGCUGGAUGAACACGACGCCCAAGCUCAUUGAGGAUACCGUGCAGUCAUGGGCCGCGACGGCUGAGAAGUUCGGGCUCAAGCUCGUCCAAGUGCCCAUUGCCGAGGCCAGCGCCAUUGACCAGACGCAGCCAUUCCGCCGGCCAUAUAGGGUUAAGCUCAAAGUCCCUCCUCCCAAAGGUCCCAGUUCCGCGGCGUUCAAUGCGGCUUCAUUCUCGCAGCAAGACCCUCCGGACCCGCAUUACUUCCAAAAGCUCAUCUUGAAAAAGUUUGACUUUGUUCUGGACUUCGAAGCCCGCUCUGCCUUUCCACCGGACGUUGAAGUCGGCUACUCUUGGGGAAGACCGGACUAUCGGUACUCCCAAUACAUCCAUCAAUCAGGUGCUCUCCUCGUCCAGAUAACAGACGAAGGCGAGUUCCUCGUCCUAGCCAACCGCCUCGUCAGUACCCGCGCCGUCCCCCUCAACAGUACCCGAGACCGCGACCAUCGUCGCGCAGGCUACGAUCCCAUGGGAACUAUUGAACGUGACCGUCUCUCCCCGCGUCUCUCCCCGCUCGUGCGUCCAAUCCACGACAUAGCCGGCCCCGCAAGCCCAAUGGCUCACUCGGCUUUGGACUCGGCGAACCUCUACCGCGCCCCCGAGCACGUCCUGCACGGGCUCGAGGAGUUCUGCAACGACCCUAUCAGGCUGGGGCAGCUGUACAGUGAGACUUUCAUCUACCCGAUUUCGGCAAAGGCAGCGCCUACUACGGCGUCGUGUAUCGAUUCAUCUAUUCCAUCGCUGGAAUUGCCGGCGCCGGUUAUUGGGCACCAUAUCUCGCCGCCGCCGGGAACACCAGUGCGACCGGAGACCAGGAACCGUGCUGCGAGCACGAGUGCGGGUGGUGGUUUGCCGCUGAUUGAUCCGAGGAGUCGCCAGCGCGAGGAGAGUUCAGUUUCCAGAGGGAGUCCGAGGAGUGGAGGGCUAAGACCGCUGAAUAUGAGUGGGACGUGA